AUGGCGGCGGCAGCAGUGACUCGGGGGAUCCCGGGAAAGCUGGUCUUGCGUGAGCUUCGUAUCCAUUUAUGCCAACGCUCGCCCGGCAGCCAAGGCGUCAGGGACUUCAUUGAGAAAAAGUAUGUGGAGCUGAAGAAGGCGAACCCUGACCUACCCAUCCUGAUCUGCGAGUUCUCCGAUGUACAACCUAAGCUCUGGGCCCGCUACGGAUUUGGCCAAGAGAAGAAUGUCUCUUUGAACAACUUCAGUGUUGAUCAGGUAACCAGAGCUGUGGAGAACGUGCUACAUGGCAAAGCCUGA